AUGGUUCAGCUUCGGGGGGCUCUACGGGGUGAACCUGGGGAAUUGGUGGCACACUUGCCUAUCACCAAUGAUAGUUACGCGGUUGCACGACAGGUCCUAUUCGACCGAUACCAAAACAAACGACGAUUCAUGGACGCUCAACUGGCCCGGCUGUUCGCAAUACCCAAACUAUCUCCAGUUUUGAAUCCAGUUACGGUGGCCACUAAGCCCUUUGGCAACUUGGGUCUGCCGGUAGACCAAUGGUCACACCUGCUAUUCUACAUUGUUGCGGAUAGGCUGCCGAUAGAAGUGCUCGCCCGGUUCGAGCAGCAAAGAGGUACAGGUAGAGACGAGCUAACUACCCUGGCCCGUCUGUCGACCUUCCUGGAAGUCGAGAGCCGUAGGUACGAAAAUAUGCCGUCGCCGUCCUUUGGGUCACCUGGCUCGGGUUCUGGCCACACCGUUUCAGAUGCC